UUAAACAUCAUACGUAAGUGUGCUCGAGGAACCACCACUUGGGGCAUCGAGUCUUCUUCCCGAGAGUGCCGAGGCCUUUUCCCUGUUCGUCCUGGAGAGAUGGCAAUGAUUCUGGAUACUUUCGUUUCGAGAUACGUCAACGAUGUGGCAGCUUUCGUGGAGGGAGAGAUAUGCAAAGUGCUGGGCGUGAAGAAGAAGAUCAAGGAGCUGCAGGAGACGCUGGAGACGAUCAGAUGUUUCCUCCAGGAUGCCGAGCAGAAGAGCCGCAGCGGGGAUCCCGGCAUGGAGCUCUGGGUGAGGAAGCUGAAGGAUGUCAUGUACGACGCCGACGACGUCAUCGAUCUGUGCGUGAUGGAAGGGGGAAAGCCCUUGGAGGUUCGGGCGUCGGUAUCAGCCUCAGGGGUGGUAAGCCUUCCUUUCAGCUUCGUCUCUUCCUGUUUUCGGUGUACCAAAUACCGCCAAAAGAUCGCAGGCCAAAUCGAAGCAAUCAAUGAUAGGCUGAAACGAAUAGCGGCAGAUAGCUCCAUCCUUCGAAAUCUGCAGCCCCCAAGCCAACAACCGCACCCUAAAAAACUACCUCCAUCACGUGAGACGUCUCCCUUGGAAGUUGAGGAGGACAUUGUGGGGGAACAAAUCGAAGAAGCUGCCGACGAUCUAAUCAAUCGCAUGUUGGAGAACACCGAACAAAAGUGUCGUGUUUUUGGGAUUGUUGGAAUGGGUGGAAUCGGGAAAACUACUCUAGCAAGUAAAAUAUAUAAUGAUGGAAGGAUCAAAGCAAACUUUCCUAUCCAAAAGUGGUUGUAUAUCUCAAAGGAUUAUUCGGAGAUCAAGUUACUCAGAAAGUUAAUUCGGUGUGCCGGAGAUGAAACCAAAGCAGAAUCUUUUGAGGAAGACAACAGAGCAGAAUUGGAGCCCAAACUUGCCUCGCUCCUUACUAAAAAUUUAUUUCUCGUGUUGGACGACGUGUGGAGUCCAAAUGUAUGGACUGAUUUCCUGAGGAAACCACUAAGUAAAGGAGUAGGUAGCAGCACGAUCUUAGUUACCACUCGAAACGAAACAGUGUUAAGAGGUAUGAAAGCCUAUAUGCACCGAGCUGAGAAAAUGGAUGAUAACAGUGGGUGGAUGUUGCUUGGGAAGACGGUAUUCGAAGCUGGGGAGGAGGAUGACAUGCGUAGGUUGGAGGAAGUAGGUAGGAAAAUUGUUAGAAAAUGUGAUGGACUUCCUCUUGCUAUCAAAGCUAUUGCAGGGGUUCUAAUUUCCAAGGACAGAAGCACAGCGGAGUGGGAACAAGUCCUCGAGAAUGACGCAUGGAGUACGAACCGGCAGAUCGACGAAGAAGUUCCAAGAGCUUUGCACUUGAGCUAUGAGGAUCUACCAUCUCAUCUGAAACAAUGCUUUCUUUAUUGCUCGUUCUUCAUGUGGAAGGUUUUUCAUUACAAAGAUAUUAUUCAGUUUUGGGUAGCAGAAGGUCUUAUUGUCGAAGCAGGAGGUAGGCUGAUGGAAGAUGUAGCCGAGGAGUACUAUUGGGAACUAGUUUUGAGGAACGUUGUACAAGUGGUUCCAUCGUCUAUAAAAAAGAGCAUGUUUUGCAUGCAUGACCAUUUACGAACGCUCGCUACAUACUUGAUGAAAGAAGAAGGAUUUUCGAUUACAAUUGGUCAAAAAUUAGAUAUAAAAGCCAAUGCGAAGAUUCGUCGGUUGUCGAUAUCUAACAUGGGAAUAAAACUAGUACUGUCAGAUCACAUCACAGAAAAAAAAUGUUUGAGAACUUUAAUGGUCAGAGACUCACUCUCAACCACCAUAAUUGAUGAUAAAGUACUCAAAGGGUUACCAAAUUUACGAGUAUUGGAUCUUUGUAAUACAUCGAUCGAGAGAAUUCCAAAUUGUAUCGGAGAUCUAUUGCAUCUAAGAUACCUAGAUUUUGAUAGAACAAAGAUACAUGAGAUACCGGAGUCAAUAGGGCGCCUUGUAAACUUUCAAACUUUGAAUAUUUCAGGAUGUAAAUACUUGCAUAGACUUCCCAUGACCAUCACGAGACUACUUAAUCUAAGGAGUCUUGUUAUUAAUGAUACUCCUCUGACUCAUGUAUCGAAGGAAAUAAAAAAAUUGAUAAAUAUUAACAGACUCGAAGGAUUUGUGAUCGGACAUGAUAACCCGACGAACGAGGUGGACGAGGCCGGGUGUGGAUUAGAGGAGCUACAGCCUCUUUCCAAGUUUAAGAUAUCUGAGCAUAUACAGGCUAGAGAAGGCAGUUACAGCAGCUUCGGCACUAGCGGAGAAACGUUCUCUUAG